UUGAGAUUUUACACUAGCUUCCGUGGAAGACGAAGACGAAGAUACAAGCGUCGAUCGAUGGGGAGAAAACGCAGAGUUAAAUCGGAGUCGUCUCCGUUCGAUUCAUUUCCGGAAGAUUGCAUCUCCUACAUAAUCUCUUUUACAAAUCCACGCGAUGCGUGCGUCGCUGCUACGGUUUCGAAAACGUUUGAAUCGACGGUGAAGUCAGAUAUUAUAUGGGAGAAGUUUCUUCCGGCGGAUUAUGAAUCUCUGAUUCCUCCAUCGCGAGUUUUCUCAUCGAAGAAGGAGCUCUAUUUCUCUCUCUGUAACGAUCCUGUUCUAUUCGACGAUGACAAAAAGAGCGUAUGGUUAGAGAAAGCGAGUGGGAAGAGGUGUCUGAUGUUAUCUGCGAUGAACCUCUCAAUCAUAUGGGGAGAUAAUCCUCAGUAUUGGCAAUGGAUUCCAAUUCCUGAAUCUAGGUUUGAAAAAGUAGCGAAACUUCGCGAUGUAUGUUGGUUCGAGAUUCGUGGCAGAACGAAUACUCGUGUAUUAUCUCCAAGAACUCGUUACUCGGCUUAUAUUGUGUUCAAGGGAGUGGAUAAAUGUUAUGGCUUUCAGAAUGUGGCCAUAGAAGCUGCGGUAGGAGUGGUGGGACAGGAGCCUUCUAGAAGAUUAAUAUGCUUUAGUGAAGCUAUAAGGAGGGGAAGGAGGAACGUUGUGAAACCUAAGCAGAGAGAAGAUGGGUGGAUGGAGAUUGAGCUUGGGGAGUUCUUCAAUGAUGGAGGAAUAAUGGAUAAUGAUGAAAUUGAGAUGAGUGCUUUAGAGACUAAGCAGCUCAAUCGGAAGUGUGGCUUGAUCAUUCAAGGAAUUGAAAUCCGACCUGCUAAAAUCCUCUGAAGUAAUGCGGCGGAACAACCCGAUUAUCGGCUCAUCUAUUGGUAUUAUUGGUGGAGUGAAGACCGAAGAGGUAAAUUCAAAUUCAUAAAAGUAUAUUCGGUUGUUUAUUGUAUUGAUUGGUUAUGUUAGGUUUUAUGUGGUGAACAACAAAAGUUAAGUUCCAACCGUGUUCUUUCAAGUGGAGGAUGUUGGUAUCAUGGUAUGUUUAUGUAAACCGGCUUCCCGUGGAAGAACGGUUGGAUGAUUCGGGUUAUGUUUUGGUUUCAGUAUAGAUGUCAAACCAAGUUAAAUAACUGUGUUGUAUAUCUUGGCCUCUAAUUUGUGGAUAGUAAUGUUUCUGAAUUUGGAUUUUUGAUGUUAUAAUGUUCAUAAUUCU